AUGUCCCACCAUAAGAGAAGGGUAUACCCUCAAGUCCAGGUGCCUUAUGCUACGAGCGUGCCAGUAGUUGCAGAGCAACAGCAAGUUCAACAACAGAUCGAUCAGACAGCAUAUACAAUGGGUAAUGUGCAAUUGAACGACAAUGCUUACUCCUUCACACAACCAAUGUCCAAUAAUCAAUAUCCUGCUGCGGGGAAAGUGGUUAACCAACUAUACCCUGUGGAUUUAUUUACAGAGUUACCUCCUCCAAUUCGUGAUUUAUCUUUACCACCACCUCCAAUCAUCAUCUCUCAAGAUAACAUUGUAACUCCGUCUGAAUCAAUAAAUGUUCCCUGCCAAUAUUUCAGAUCUACUUUGAAUACAGUGCCAAAAACAAGCUCUCUAUUGAAGAAAACGAAAUUGCCGUUCGGCAUUGUGAUUAAACCAUACUUACACCUGCAAGAUUCGGAAAACCAGGUACCAUUAAAUACUGACGGGGUAAUUGUCCGUUGUCGCCGUUGUCGUUCAUAUAUGAAUCCAUUUGUCACUUUCAUUAACCAAGGGAGAAAAUGGCAAUGCAAUAUAUGCCGUUUCAAGAAUGACGUGCCAUUUGGCUUUGAUCAAAACUUACAAGGCGCGCCAAUCAACAGGUACGAAAGAAAUGAAAUCAAAAAUUCUGUUGUAGAAUAUUUGGCACCUGUAGAGUAUUCUAUUAGAGAACCCCCACCAUCUGUUUAUGUAUUUGUUCUAGAUGUUUCUCAAAAUACCAUUAAAAAUGGUUUAUUGGCGACUUCUGCGAGAACCAUUUUGGAAAACUUGGAAUUUUUACCAAACCAUGAUGGAAGGACUAGAGUUUCCAUCAUAUGUGUUGAUCAUAGCCUUCACUAUUUCUACGUUCCUUUAGAUGAUGAUUAUGAAGAAUCAGAUGAUGAAGAAUCAGAUGAAGAUAAUGGAGAAGAAGACGAAGACGACAGCAGCGAAGAAGAUGAGGAAGAUGAUUGUUCAGAGACAGUCCAAAUGUUUGAUAUUGGCGAUUUGGACGAACCAUUUUUGCCGAUGCCAAGUGAUGAGUUAGUAGUUCCAUUGAAGUACUGUAGAAAGAAUCUUGAAAAACUGUUAAAAAAGAUACCUGAAAUUUUCCAAGAUACACGUAGUAGUGGGUUUGCACUUGGGCCCGCGCUGGAAGCUGCUUCGAGCUUGAUAAAAGGGACCGGAGGGAAAGUCGAAGUUAUUUCAUCAACUCUGCCAAAUACUGGCACUGGAAAAUUGAAGAAAAGAAAUGAGCAAGGAGUACUAAAUACAGCGAAAGAAAGCUCUCAACUACUAUCGUGUAACGACUCUUUUUAUAAAACAUUCACGAUUGAGUGUAGCAAAUUGCAAAUAACAGUCGACAUGUUUCUGGCAUCUGAGGAAUAUAUGGACGUUGCAACGCUAUCACACCUGGGCCGUUUUUCUGGUGGUCAAACACACUUCUACCCUGGCUUUAAUGCUACCAGUUUAAACGAUGUUACUAAAUUUACUAGAGAAUUAUCAAGACAUUUAUCCAUGGAUAUUUCAAUGGAGACGGUCAUGAGGGUCCGCGGUUCUACUGGCUUGAGAGCUACAUCAUUUUUUGGCCAUUUUUUCAACAGGUCUUCUGAUUUAUGUGCUUUUUCCACUAUGCCUAGAGAUCAAUCUUAUCUUUUCGGAAUAUCGAUCGAAGAUUCAUUAACUACAGAAUAUUGCUACUUGCAAGUAUCAACAUUGUUGACUUUAAACACAGGUGAGCGUAGAAUCAGGGUCAUGACUUUAGCCCUGCCAACAACCGAAUCUGCUAGGGACGUGUUUGCAUCCGCUGACCAACUAGCCAUUACUGAUUUUAUCACACAAAACGCAGUGUCUAAGGCUCUGAACUCAAGCAUGCACUCAGCAAGGGAUUUCAUUACAAAAUCGCUCCAAGAUAUUCUGAUUGCCUACAAAAAGGAAAUAUCAAUGUCUAAUGUUAAUUCAGUAACCUCACUUAACUUAUGUGCAAACUUGAGAAUGUUGCCCCUAUUGAUGAAUGCGCUGAGUAAACAUAUAGCCUUCAGAUCUGGCGUUGUUCCGAGCGAUUACCGUGCAAGUGCCCUAAAUAAAUUGGAAACGGAGCCACUUCAUUAUCUGAUAAAGAGCAUUUAUCCAACAGUUUACUCUCUACACGAUAUACCCGACGAAGUUGGCCUACCCAACGUUAAAGGAAAAACAGUUCUGCCUGAACCUAUCAACGCUACCAUAUCUCUUUUUGAAAGAUACGGCUUGUACCUAAUUGAUAAUUCCGCGGAAUUGUUUUUAUGGGUCGGCGGAGAUGCAGUUCCUGAGUUACUGAGAGAUGUAUUUAGCAUUGAUACCAUCUCGAAUAUUCCUGUAGGGAAAAGCGAACUUCCUCUUUUGAACGAUUCACCAUUCAACGAAAGAUUAAGAAAUAUAAUCAGUAAUGUUAGGGAAAACAAUGAUACGAUUACUUUCCCAUCGUUGUAUAUAAUAAGAGGGCCAUCUAUUAACGAACCCGCAAACAUAACUUCUGAACGUGAGAUGGCCUCUUUAAGGUUAUGGGCGUCAAGCACCCUUGUUGAAGACAAGGUUUUGAAUUGUGCUAGUUAUAGAGAAUAUUUGCAAAGUAUGAAAACUACGAUCAACAGAUGA